AUGUCGUUCUCGUCGUUCUCGUCGUUCUCGUCGUCUUCGCUGCUGCGCCCACAGCUGCCCGCGUACGCCGGCCGCGCCUGCCGCGCCUGCCGAGCCUCACGACGGCCGCUCUCGUCCAAGACAGCCAGGGAGCAGAAGAGCAAUGCGGCGCUCCCGUCGAGGCCGGCGCGCACGCGGUUCGCGCCCUCGCCCACGGGAUAUCUGCAUCUGGGCUCGCUGCGCACCGCGCUGUUCAACUACCUCCUCGCCAAGAGCACAGGCGGCCAGUUCCUGCUGCGCAUCGAAGACACGGACCAGAAGCGCACCGUCGCCGACGCCGAGCAACGCCUCUUGCAGGACCUCCGCUGGGCCGGCCUGCAGUGGGACGAGGGGCCUGAGGUCGGCGGGCCGUGCGGACCGUACAGGCAGUCGGAGCGCAGCGCCAUCUACCGCGCGCAUGCCCAGCAGCUGCUCGACUCGGGCCAUGCCUACCGCUGCUUCUGCUCCUCGGAGCGCCUCAACGCCCUGGCCGAGCACAGGCACAAGCUUGGCCUGGCCACCGACUACGACCGCGCCUGCGAGUCGGUCCCCAGGGACGAGAGCGACGAGCGCGCCCACCGCCACGAACCGCACGUCGUGCGCCUCAAGGUGCCCGACCAGUACCCCACCUACAAGGACCUGAUCUACGGCACCUUCAAGCCCCUCCGCCGCCGCGGCCACGUCACCGAGUCGUCGUACGAAGACCCCAUCCUGCUCAAGAGCGACGGCCUGCCCACGUACCACCUCGCCAACGUCGUCGACGACCACCUCAUGAACAUCACCCACGUCGUCCGCGGCAGCGAGUGGAUGCCCAGCACGCCCAAGCACAUCGCCAUGUACUCGGCCUUUGGCUGGACACCGCCCGCCUUUGCACACGUGGGGCUGCUGGUCGACGAGAACGGCAACAAGCUGUCCAAGCGCAACUUCGACACGGACAUCGCCGCCUUCAAGGACAUGGAAAUCUUCCCAGAGACGCUGGCCAACUUCGCCGCCCUGCUGGGCUGGAGCCACAAGGAGAGGAGCGACGUCAUGACGCUGCAAGACCUCAUCUCCCAUUUCAGCCUCAAAUUCACAAAGGGCAACACGACCGUCACCUUUGGCAAACUGCACUACCUGCAGCGCAAGCACGCCGCCCUGCGCGCCCAAGCCGGCGGACAGCCCCUGCAGGACAUGGUCGACAACGUCGCCGCCCUGCUCACCAGCCCCGACUCGCCCUACGACCCCAACGACUGGCGCGCCCUCACGGGGCCCAGCCCAGACGCGUACAUUGAGAAGAUUGUGCACGUCGACGCCGAAAACUUCACAAACGCAAACGAGUUCCUCUACCGCAACGCCUUCUUCUUCAAGCCCCUGCGGCCCGCCGCCUCGACGAAUCUCACUGCCGACAGCCCCACCGACGUGGUCGAGCGCUCGAAGCUCCUCGCCGAGAUCAAAGACGCUGAUUGGGAUCGUGACAAUCUCAUGGAAAAGGUGCGCAACAUGAUCGACGGGCGGCCCGAGGGUAAAGCCGGCGGCAAGGACGUCUAUCACUACCUCAGACUGGCGUUGACGGGGCAGGAGAAAGGGAUCAGGCUGUAUGAUAUCAUGUUGAUUUUGGGUCGGAAGGAGACGUUGGCGCGGUUGGGUGCUGACGAUUGA